UACACACACUAGCAUUAAUCUAUCUCUCCAAACAAAAAACCCUUCACACUCCCAUUUCUUCUUCCCCUUUGCAAACGCCGCAUUCUUUGCUCUUUAUUUUACUCGCACUCUGUUUCUUGACGGUAAAAUACACCGCAAAGAGAGCUCGCUUCCUCUUUAAUCUUCAAUCAGAUCGAUAAACCCCCAAAACCCCACUUUAAUUCUACAUUUAUUGUUCAAUAUCCGUUGUUAAAUUACCGAUUACAUAUUGGGGAUUGCCCCUUUUCUUGUGCACUUAAAGCUUUUGUUAAUAAUGGCUAAUUGCCUGCUAUCAAGUUUAUUAUGUGCAGAAGAUAAUAAUAGCAUAUGUUAUGAUGAUCAAAAUAAUGUUGAUGAAGGGUUAUGGGGUUGUGGGAAUGAUUUAGUUAGUAAUAAAAAUCAAUGCUUUACUAAGAAUCUUGAAACAGAGUGUUGUGUUCUUGAUCUUGAUCUUGAUCUUGAUCUUCCUGUGCAAAGUGAUGAGUGUUUGUGUUUGUUGAUUGAGAAAGAAUGUGAACAGUUUGUGGGGUUUGAUUAUUUGAAGAAGUUAACAAGUGGGAAGUUGGAUAUGGUUGCUAGACAACAAGCAGUUGAUUGGAUUUUAAAGGUUCAUUCUCAUUUCAAUUUUGGACCUUUGUGUGCAUAUUUAUCUAUCAACUACUUGGACAGAUUUCUUGCUGCCUAUGAAUUCCCUAAAGACAAAGAUUGGAUGAUGCAAUUGCUAGCUGUAACAUGCUUAUCACUUGCAACCAAAAUGGAAGAGACUGAAGUUCCUCACAUUCUUGAUUUACAGGUUUGUGAAUCAAAGUAUGUAUUUGAAGCAAAAACCAUUCAAAAGAUGGAGCUUCUUGUGCUGACUACAUUGAAAUGGAGGAUGCAGACAGUGACACCGUUUUCUUUCAUUGAUGCUUUCAUCGGAAAACUUGAUUGCGGCCAACCAAUAUCAAGAGCUUUAAUUUCGAGAUCGACCCAACUCAUAUUAUGCUUAAUAAAUGGGAUCGACUUCUUGGAGUUUAGACCUUCUGAGAUAGCAGCAGGAGUGGCAAUUUAUGUGGUUGGACAAUCUCAAAUGGCUGCCCUGUUUAAACAUGUACCAAAGGAGAAGAUUCUUAAAUGUGUGGAACUAGUGAAUGAGUUGAGUAGUGGCUGUACUAAGAUGAUCAUGAAGAGUGGAGCAGUGCCACUAAGCCCCAUAGGAGUGCUUGAAGCAGCAUGCUUGAGUUACAAUCAAAGUGAAGAUUCAGAAGUUGGGUCAAGUACUAGUAAAAGGAGGAGGCUUAAUAAUACAACACCCUUUGGUUUGGAGCUUUAGAUUGUUUUAUAAUUCUAUGGAAAUAAUAUGUUGAGUUUAUUAAUUUAUUAUUUAUAUUCAGUUUUUCA